UUGAUAUAACGGUUGAUAUAACGGUUGAUAUAAUGGUUGAUAUGACGGUUGAUAUGAUGGUUGAUAUAAUGGUUGAUAUAACAGUUGAUAUAAUGGUUGAUAUAACGGUUGAUAUAAUGGUUGAUAUAACG